UUACUGAUUAUAAUCGCCGGAAUGGCUGUUCUCUACUACGGCUCACACAUACUGGCGCUCAUAUGGAUUGGAAAUAUUAUUUUAGGGUUUGGAUUUUCGGCGAUGUAUCCAGCAAUUAUAGCGUUGACCGCAAAGCACUGUAAGCUGACGGACACCGUGAGCACAGUUAUGGUGUUUUCCAACGGCACUGUAUCGGCGAUUACACCGUUUAUUUUGGGUCCAAUCAUCGAGAACUACUCCUAUGUGUUCAUUGAGCUGGAAAUUGUGUACCUAAUAAUCAGCACUUUUGUGUUUUUAGUGAUAAUAACCGUUACCAAUAAACCUGUUACUCAUAAUCGCGCCCUUCAGUCGCCCGGUGCUUAUGACAACGCAUAACUAGUCUAACGUUUAGUUUUGAUAUUUUAAUUGCGG